CUCAGUUCCGGUGUGAAGGGGGGUGACUCCCGGUACAGAAGGAGGGGGAGGGGAUCCCGCACUGGUCAGGCAUGGUACUGAUGGAGGCCCGGGGCCUGUCCCCGCUCAUCGCUCUGCUCUCCGUGCUGGCCACAGCCGCUCUACCCCCCGGCUGUAAGCAGGACGGCCGCCCCCGGACUCCAGGCAAGGCGGCGGCUGGAGGAUCUGGAGGGGAGGCGGGGAAGGUGAUAUGCAGCAGCCUGGAGAGUGCACGGAGAUUACCACUGGGAGCUCUACCGAACAGGACCAACACCCUAAUCCUGAACAGUAAUAAGAUGACCGAACUGAACAAUGGCUCCUUCGAGGGACUCUACUUUCUAGAACGCCUGGACCUUCGAAAUAACCUGAUCAGUCUAAUCGAACCCGGUGCCUUUUCGGGGCUAACAUCUCUUAAACGACUAGACCUUGCCAAUAACAGGAUUGGAUGCCUCAAUGCUGAUCUAUUCAAGGGUCUCCCCAACCUGGUUAGACUUAAUCUUUCUGGGAAUGUAUUUUCCUCUUUGGCACAAGGAACAUUUGGGAACCUGAUUGCCUUAAAGUCAUUAGAGUUUCAGACGGAUUAUCUACUUUGUGACUGUAAUCUUCUGUGGAUGGUUCAAUGGAUGAAAGCCAAAAAUAUUACAGUGCGCGAGACUAAGUGUUCCUACCCCAAAGCUCUUCAAGGACAGCCGAUAGCAGCGUUGAAGCCAGAACAGCUGACAUGUGAGUCUCCUCUUGAGCUUCCUUCGUUUUUUAUGACGCCAUCACACCGCCAAGUGGUCUUUGAAGGGGACAGUCUGCCAUUCCAGUGCAUGGCUUCCUACAUUGACCAGGACAUGCAGGUUUUAUGGUAUCAGGAUGGGAAGAUUGUGGAGACGGAUGAGUCGCAGGGGAUUUAUGUGGAGAAGAACAUGAUCCACAACUGCUCAUUGAUUGCCAGUGCUCUGACCAUUUCCAAUAUUCAAGCUGGAUCCACAGGGAACUGGGGCUGCCGCGUCCAGAGUCGGCGCGGCAAUAACACGAGGACGGUGGAUAUUGUGGUACUGGAGAGCUCUGCACAGUACUGCCCUAUGGACAGGGUUAUCAAUAACAAAGGGGAUUUUAAGUGGCCAAGAACAUUGGCAGGAAUUACCACGUAUCUGCUGUGCACCCGCUAUUCCGCUGGAGGUGGCAUCUAUCCUGGCACCCAGCAAGAUGAGAUAAGAGCUUGGCGACGAUGUGACCGAGGGGGCUUCUGGGCAGAGGAGGACUAUUCUAAAUGCCAGUAUGCUAAUGACGUUACCCGAGUCCUGUUCAUGUUUAAUCAGAUGCCACUAAACCUCACCAAUGCAGUUGCAACAGCUAAACAGCUUUUGGCCUACACGGUGGAGGCUGCAAACUUCUCUGACAAGAUGGAUGUUAUCUUUGUUGCUGAAAUGAUUGAGAAAUUUGGCCGCUUUGCAGAAAAAUACAAGGAGCUUGGAGAUGUCAUGGUUGACAUCGCCAGUAACAUCAUGCUGGCAGAUGAGUGUGUCUUGUGGAUGGCGCAGAAAGAAGCCAAGGCCUGCACACGUAUAGUGCAGUGUCUACAGCGUAUUGCUACUUAUCGACUGGCCAAUGGUGCUCAAGUAUACUCCACAUAUUCCCCAAACAUCGCUCUGGAGGCCUAUGUGAUAAAGUCUGCUCUCUUCACUGGCAUGACAUGCACUGUGUUUCAGAAACUGGCUGCAUCCGACCGUGCAGUGUUAGCUGACCUUGGCAGAAGAGACCCAGAUGGGAACUUGGAUAAACAGCUGAGCUUUAAGUGCAAUGUGUCCAGCACUUUCAGCGUGGUAGCAUUAAAGAACACAGUUGUGGAAGCUUCUAUUCAGCUGCCGGCUGCCCUGUUUGGGUCCAGAGAAAAAAGGGAGAGGAGAGCAGUGGAUGAAUCGGUGUACAAGCUGCAGCUGAUUGCAUUUCGGAAUGGAAAGCUUUUCCCAGCCACUGGGAACUCCACACAGCUUGCAGAUGAUAGCAAGAGGCGCUCAGUGGUCACUCCAGUCAUACUUGCCAAAUUAGAUGGUCCAAACCGAAACCUUCCAACUGUCCCUGUUAACAUCACACUACGUCGCAUUGCGCAUGGAAAGGACCCUGUAGCGGCACAGUGGGAUUUUGAUCUACUUAAUGGGCAAGGCGGAUGGAAAUCAGAAGGCUGCCAGAUAACUGCGUCAGAUGAGAAUGUAACCACUAUACAGUGCGACACGCUCAGCAACUAUGCAGUGUUAAUGGAUCUAACAGGGACUGAAUUCUAUGCCCAUCCCAUGACUCUCCUGCAUCCCGUUGUUUAUGCAUCUGCUGUAGUGCUGCUGCUCUGCUUACUGAUGCUUAUUGUCACCUAUUUGUACUAUCACAGCAUAAUACGAAUCAGUCUAAAGAGCUGGCACAUGUUGGUAAACCUGGGUCUUCACAUCUUCCUGACCUGUGCAGUGUAUGUUAGUGGUAUCACUCAGACCAAAAACUCCAGCGUCUGUCAGGCAAUGGGUAUUCUCCUCCAUUACUCCACACUGGCCACAGUACUCUGGGUAGGAGUCACAGCUCGGAACAUUUAUAAGCAGGUUACUAAGAAAGCCAAGCGCUGUCAGGAUCCAGAUGAACUUCCUCCUCCUCCCAGACCAAUGCUCAGGUUUUACCUGAUUGGCGGCGGCAUUCCUAUCAUUGUCUGUGGGAUAACAGCAGCGGCAAACACUAAAAACUACGGGAGCCAGCCCACUGCACCAUACUGUUGGAUGGCUUGGGAACCAAGCCUCGGAGCCUUCUACGGUCCAGCAAGUUUUAUUGUCUUUAUAAACUGCAUGUACUUCCUCUGCAUAUUCAUUCAACUCAAGCGCCACCCUGACCGAGUGUUUGAACUAAAAGAGCAAACCGAGGAACAGCAGCGUCUUGCAGCCAGCGAGAGCGGGGAGGGGAACAAUCCAGAUUCACUCUCUGUGUCUUUAGUAUCUACAUCAGCUUUGGAGAAUGAACAGACAUUCCAAGCUCAGCUGCUUGGAGUCAGCCUUACCUUGUUUCUCUAUGUUUCCCUUUGGAUAUUUGGUGCGUUGGCAGUCUCCUUGGAUUACCCAAUGAAUCUGAACUUCAGCUGCUUUUUCGGGGUCACAUGUCUAAGCCUUGGUGCCUUUUUAGUGGUACACCACUGCAUGAAUAGAGAAGAUUUGAGAAGAGUUUUAAUAAUUAUGUUCUGUCCAGGAAGAAGUACGUAUUCUGUCCAGGUCAAUGUUCCACCAUCCAACUCUACCGCCACCAAUGGUGAGGCUCCUAAGUGCACAAAUAGCAGUGCUGAGUCUUCAUGCACCAACAAGAGCGCAUCCAGUGUUAAAAAUUCAUCACAAGGCUGCAAACUAACUAACAUACAAGCAGCUGCAGCCCAAUGUAACACAAACUCAUUGCCGGUCAACACAGCCCCCCAACUUGAUAACAGUUUGACUGAGCAUUCUGUGGACAAUGACAUCAAAAUGCACGUUGCACCCUUAGAGGUUCAAUAUCGUUCCAACGGUCACCCAUCUCGGCAUCACAAAAAUAGAAGUAAAGGUCACCGGUCAAGCAGACUUACUGUUCUAAGGGAGUAUGCCCAUGAUGUCCCCACAAGUGUUGAUGGGAGCGUACAAAACACGGCACCAAGAAGUCGUCCAAGCUACUCUGAAGGUCAUUCUCGCAGCAGGAGAGCGUAUCUGGCUUAUCGAGAACGCCAUUUUAACCAGAGUCACCAAGAUAGUAGUGACGCCGGUAGCACACUGCCUAGGUAUAGCAGAAAUAUGGAAAAGACAGUUUCUGGCAACCACAAAAAAGACAUUUUGAGGGAACCCAUAGCUGUGGAACUGGAAAGCCAGCAAAAAUCAUAUGGUCUAAAUCUGGCCGUCCAAAACGAGCCAGCUAAAGAUGAAGUGGUGGUGGAGGAGGAGCCACCGAUAAAUGCUGACAGUAAUGGAAAUGUUAGGACUGGACUAUGGAAACAUGAAACUACUGUGUAGUACUUCCAUGCUGGAUUACUGGUGGGAAGUCACCGGACACGGGAUUAGUCCAUCCCUGCAAAGACUCACUAACUGCUAUUGUUUACAGACAAUCUUUUUGUAUUAUUUUUACCUGUACUUUUUUGGGAGAACGCUAACUAUGAAGAAAAAAGACUUUUAACUUCAAGUGAACUUAUUUGUAAACGACUGUUUGUUUUCACAAGUGAUUUUUAUUAUUUUGUAAGUAUUUUUUUAUGAAAAAAAAAUGUUUUUGUAUGUAUUUUUGUCAUAUAUUGAAUGCCUUGUUCCUUAACGGAUUUGUAUUUAAACAUGUAAUAAAUGGCUU